AUGGCAUCAGGAGGAAGCUUGGAGUGGCGGGUGAAUGUGGGUGAUGGAGCAACGGAGGUUCUGAGGCCAGAGGGCUCAUUUGUGGGCAGAAUGGUGAUGGGGGUGAAGGGCUUUGUUUGGGGAUUGUUUGUGAAGGGUUGGAUGUUCUUGGAAAAGGCUUGGGGCAUAGCUAACUCUGAGCCUAAGAAGGCUGUUCAUGGCCUUAAAGUGGGGUUGGCUCUCUCCAUUGUGUCUGUCUUUUACUAUAUGAGACCUUUGUAUGAAGGGAUUGGAGGGAAUGCUAUGUGGGCUAUUAUGACUGUUGUUGUCACUUUUGAAUCCACUGUGGGCGCAACGUUUUACAAAUGUGUAAAUAGGGUAAUAGGGACUUCACUUGCUGGUGGUUUGGGCAUUGGAGUUCAUUGGGUGGCAGCUGAGUCAGGCGAUAGAUUUGAACCAAUAGUCCUUGGAAUCUCCCUUUUUCUUUUAGCCUCAGCCACCACCUUCUCUCGCUUCAUACCAUCGAUAAAAACAAAAUUCGACUACGGCGCCAUGAUCUUCAUCCUCACCUUCUGCUUAGUUUCGAUCUCGAGUUAUCGAGUCGAUAAGCUGUUCGAGCUUGCUCAUACCAGGCUCACCACCAUCGCCAUCGGGACGUCGCUGUGUAUUAUCGUCAGCAUGCUUUUCUGCCCCAUGUGGGCUGGCAGUCAGCUUCAUAGCCUUGUCUUCCGCAACUUGGAUAAGCUUGCGGAUGGCUUGGAUGGUUGUCUUUCGGAAUACUUCAAGAACGUUGAUGAUCCCGAGAUGGAAAAUGAAGAUCAAGAGUGUCAUGAUUCGAAAGCUCAAAGCUAUAAAUGUGUGCUCAAUUCAAAGGCAUCGGAGGAGUCAAUGGCAAAUUUUGCAAGAUGGGAACCGGCACAUGGGCGUUUCGGGUUCCGACAUCCAUGGAAAAAAUAUCUCGAGGUCGGAGUAGCAAUGCGCAAAUGUGCAUAUUGCAUUGAGGCUCUUCAUGAUUGCCUAAACUCAGAGAUAAAGGCACCAAACUCAUUAAAAUUGCUUCUACUUGAGCCAUGCAAGGCACUAAGCACCUCUUCUUCCAAAGUGUUGAAGGAGCUAUCUAUUGUAAUCAAGACAAUGAAGAAAUCAACAAAGAUUGAUUUGGAAGUGUCAGAUAUGAACAUUGCUGUUCAAGAGCUUCAAGCUGCCAUAGCUUCAUUUCCAAGCACUCAAACAGCCAAUGAAGAACAUGAAGCUGCAACAAUUCCACCUCUAAUGGAGCUGCUUCCACUGGCUACAUUGGUGUCAUUGUUGAUUGAAACGGCGUCAAGAAUCGAACAUGUCGUGAACGCGGUCGAGACGUUAGCAAACGUUGCUAAUUUCGACUCGGAAGAGGAGAAGAAAAGGUCGUGUUUAGAUAACAAUGAUCAUCAUGUUGCCAUGAGAGUCUUUCCUGAGGCUUGA